GUAGAUUCCAUAUUUUAUCUCUGAUCAAUUGGUAGUAUCAUAUAUUUAUUUAAUAUUUUCGUAGUUUUCAAGGAUUUAUAAACUUUAUCGGGAAUUAAAGAAAUAAUUUCUAACAUAUAAGAUGUCGACAGUUCCAGUUAGUGAAUUAACCAAGGAGCAGAGGGAAGAAUUGAUGUGCGUUUAUUCCUCCCUUGUCCUCUACGAUGAUGGCCUAGAUGUUACUCAAGACAACAUUCUUAAACUAGUUAAAGCAGCAAAGGGAGACAUGCAACCAUUUACUCCGAUGCUUUUCGCCCGCGCAUUGAAGGGAAAGGACCUAGGAUCAUUAUUAUCAGCUGUUGGAUCCGGUGCCGCCGCAGCUCCUGCCGCUGCUUCCGCUUCAUCAGCAGCCGCACCUGAAGAAUCUGCAAAGAAGGAGGAAAAGAAAGAAGAAGAGGAGGAAGACGAAGAUAUGGGAUUCUCACUCUUUGAUUAAUCUCAACCACCCAAUUCUUCUAAUUUACUCUUUUUCAUA